AUGAGCCAGCAGAAUAGCCAUGCUGAACCCAACCAGAAUGACAUAGACAUUGACAUUGACCCUAUAAUAAACAGCGCUGAAUUAGUGCUCCCAGAAGAAUAUUCGCAAUCACAUCCCUUUUCAAGAACAAAUGAUACACCGCUAAGCAAUGAACUUCAGUUGGUUUCUCCAAGCACCCAAUAUUUUGGAGUCCCGUCCUCGUACGUCAAUAUGAUUGAUGGAUAUUUGGCAUUGGACUCAUUAGACAGAACAAACGGUGAAUUAAAAUCGUCUGAUUUGCUCAAAAAUGUCAAAAAGGAGAUGGAUAAGACUCAGGUAAUUGAUUCAGGGUCAGCGCCAAGCAAUACACUUAAUUCAGGAAAGUCAAAGAAAGCCCCAUCUCAGCCCAAAUCAAGGCCUGCUUUCGUGAUGAAAUUAUGGUUGAUGGUUAACGACACAAAUAAUUUCGCUCAUAUACAGUGGUCCCCUGAUGGUAAAUCUUUCAAGGUCAUUAAUAGGGAACUGUUCAUGAAAACAAUUUUACCAAAAUAUUUCAAGCAUUCGAAUUUUUCAAGUUUUGUUAGACAACUAAAUAUGUAUGGUUGGCAUAAAGUUCAAGAUAUGAACGUUGGUUCGAAUACAAGCGCCAGUGAUGAAAUCUGGCAAUUCGAAAACCCCAACUUCCAAAAAAAUAGAGAAGAUUUGUUAGAUAAUAUUGUUAGGAACAAGUCUGUGAAAAAUGGCAGAGACGAUGUGGAGGAAUUAGAUGUUAAUUUAGUGGUCAACGAAUUGAACAAAAUAAAAGCAAACCAAGGACUAAUUGCGGAUGAUUUAAGGCGAGUUAGGCAGGAUAAUUCUUUAUUAUGGCAGGAAGUGAUCCUUGCAAGGGAUCGUUAUAAUAAGCAGAAUGAAACGCUAAAUACCAUUUUGAGGUUUAUUGCCUCCGUGUUUCUGGGAAAUUCUAGUCUGGGACAAAGAGAAAUUGGGUUUGAUGGAGUUAAUAGCAACAAUCCAUUGCUUUCUGCCCUUUUUGAUGCUGUUAAAAAGAGCAAUGCCAAUAAUAACAACAAUAGUACCGUGAGUGACAUUACAUCAUUAACACCGACAAACGAGAGUGUUAUUGAAGAUAAUAUAAAUGAUACCCCCACGGUGCUGAAACCACGAUUGAUGCUUACUGAUGGAGCAUAUAAUGAGCUGCCUCUUGUUGAGGAACCUGCAACUAUUCGUACACUCUCGUCCAAUCCAAGCACUAGAAGAAACUCUAAUAUUGCGCCAUUGGCGAUUAUUGAUGAGCUACCUAAUGAUAUAAUCUCACCCGCGACAUUGGGAUCCAUAAAUAGCGGUAUCUCCGACCCUACUUCCCUGAAUAACAACAUAGAUUUCAAUUUUCCUGAAAAUGAUAUUACCAAUACCAAAAUAGUUACCAAUGAAGCCUCUGCUAUAAAUAAUGACGCAUCACGGGGAAGCUCAAUACUGAAAGUUAAUGGCAUAUUGAGCAACAUUACUUCCACCAAUGAAAUCGUUAAGUCCAAAAAAAACAAUGAUGCAACCAUAGAAUCAUUGCACUCAAAUAUUAUCAAGCAAGAAGAAUCCAUUGGUAAUCUUGCGGAUUUAAUCAGUCGUUAUAUUCCCGAUAAUGACUAUGAUAGAGCACUUUCUCCUGGCGGUUCCCAUGAAUUUGAUGUAGAUCAGUUUCUAGCCAAUGACAAAGGAGGUCUCGCUAGUACUUCUGACGUGUCUGCUAUAAAUGGAAUUUCGGAGUUGCCUGAUAGCGAUAAAGUUAGCACUAAAAGAGGCAUUUCUGAUAUUGAUGAUGAAGAAUCCAACAAAACAAAAAUGGCUAAGCAAUGA